UUGCUAGCUUCAUGUGCCUCUAUUUUAACUUGAAUAAGUAAUUAGUUUUUAUAGUAAACAAAUUAAUUAUACAACUAACUAGUUAGUCACGAUUGUACAUUAUUUGGUUUUGUAACAUUUCACCCAUAGCCAGUGUUAAAGCGAAACAACAUAGUUGUAGUUAACAAUGGAGACGGAAACAUUGGAUCCCGCGCAAGCCUUCAUGGCCAAGGUGUCUGAUCGGUUCAAGCCGGUGCAUGAAUUAACUGCUCGUGGAACGUCCAGCGUGCAGCAGUUUUACUCCGGAGCUACCGUAUUCCUGACUGGAGGAUCAGGAUUUCUUGGGAAGCAGCUCAUUGAAAAACUUUUUAGAGCUACAAAAAUUUCAAAGAUAUAUGUCUUAUUGAGAUGCAAAAAAGGAAAAUCUAUGGAACAGAGGCUGGUGGACAUGUUAAAAGAUCCAUUAUACGACACGCUUCGAGAGCAGCAGCCCGAAUUUGCCGACAAAAUAGUUGCUGUGUCAGGAGACACGUCAGAACUAAAGCUUGGCUUGAGUGACAAAGACUGGAACACUAUUGCUGAUGAGGUGGACAUAGUAUUCCAUUUGGCUGCAACGACAAGAUUCGAUGAAGAACUUAAGUUAGCCACGUUCAUCAAUAUUCGUGGUACAAGAGAAGUACUUGCUUUAGGCAAAGCAUGUAAAAAAUUAAGGUCCUUUGUAUACGUAUCAACAGCAUUUUCACAUGCGCGAGAUGAAUAUAUCGCUGGUGAUGUAUUGGAAAAAUUCUACGAAAGUCCAAUCAGUCCCGAAAAUUUGAUCGGUGUAGCUGAAAGUAUGGAUGAAGAAAGACUAAAUAACAUAACAACAAGUUUGAUAAAAGGUUGGCCCAACACGUAUACAUUUACAAAAGCGGUCGCUGAAGAGCUAGUCAGGACGAUGGGUAAAGAUCUCCCGUUAUGUGUAGUCAGACCAUCAAUCGUGACGUGCUCAAUACAAGAACCAAGCCCAGGAUGGGUAGACUUAUCUUGUAUCUAUGGAGCCAGUGGGUAUGUGUACGCUGUUGGAUUGGGAGUAGCGCACACAGCUUACGGUGAACAUUCAAAUAAAUUAGAUUUUGUACCUGUGGAUUAUGUGAACAACGCCAUACUUACUGCUGCAUGGGAGACGACGAGGACUAAAAGUUCAGCGCCAGAAAAGGAUGAAAUAAAAAUUUAUACAGUCUCUACAGCUACUAGAAAACCAAUAACUUGGAGAGUUGUGCAAGACAUUUUGGCUAAUAAAGCAAGAUAUUAUCCAACGCCAAAGGCAGUAUCAUACACAUUCGCUUGGUGCACCAAUAUACGACUUCUAUAUUGGAUAUACGCCUGGCUUCUUCAUCUCAUUCCUGCAUACAUUGUGGAUGCAGUCAUGGUUCUCUUUGGAAAGGAAAGAAGAUUCGGGAAACUAGCUCAGAAAUUGAGCAAAAUGACAAUGGCGCUUUCACAUUUUCUAUCACAUCACUGGAAAUUUGAUGACCGAAACACGGUAGCACUCUUUGACAGUCUUUCAGAGGAUGACCGAAAGAUCUUCAAUUUUGAUGUGACGGACAUAGACUGGCCUGAAUACAUAUUAGUAUGGUGUCUCGGGCUGAGAAAGUAUUUUGUAAAAGAUGGCCUAAAUGGUACUAUAUACGGACGUAAAAAGCAAACUGUUUUGAAAAUCGUUACUUUUAUCAUGAUGCCCUUAUACUUCUAUGGUUUGUUCAAGAUUGCGUAUUGUGUUUUUUACUAUUUAUUCGUUUUGUUUAAUUUAUUCUUUAAAUAAAUGUUUGUAAAAUGA